UUUUUUAAUACUUUCAAAAGAAAGUGUGGAAGAGGGCAGUAAGUAGGAGUCAGAUACAGCUUCCACACAAGGAAAGCUGAAAUAGCAGUAAUUGAAGAAGGAGCUUCUGCAUUACAGGGAUAGAUAGGUACACGUUAAUUUUUUUAAUUAACUAUUUUAAUUUUAUUUUUUUCCUGAGACUAGGUGAUUUGUGAUAGGCUGGCUGUUCUUAGGAUGUUGUUAUCUUGGGGCUGUCAUGCACACAUAAGCAGAAAAACAUAAACCAGGAACAUAAAUCCAGACAUUUAGGAAGUGGUCUUAGCUCAACUUACUUGAUGUUGGAUACACUUUAUUCAGUGCAGAAUGGUCAGAUUGUGGCUUUGAUGAUAUUAGAAGACCCCUCUAGGAGCAGGUUCACUGUUGAUCAGUCUGUGUGGAGCUGUGAACUUGUGUGAUAUGACCUGGGAGCAUCUGAAACUUCACUUUCACAAGCCUUGGCUUCAAGCAGUAAGUUAUAAGCUACAGAUUUCUUAAGAUAUAUCAGUAACAUUCAUCUGUAUCCCAUAUCAACCCUUUCUUAUGUUCAAGCAAAACAUCUGCAUGUCCUCUUGUGUAACAUUUCGACAUUCUUUCUGUAUUGACUCUUCUGCCUUGUUUGUAGGUUAUCCAGUCCAAAUCCAGAGGACAGGAUGGGUUAACAUCAUCAAACUGGACUGACAGGGACAGCUGAAAACUCAGGCAAAAGGGGAACAGGGCUGCCACCUCACAGUGGUGUUUGGGGCCACUGAGCUGGGUUGGGUUUCUCUGGUCUCAGUUUACCUCAUGGUAAGAACCUUGGCACUGAGAAUGAGAACCGACUAAUUUCCCUCCCACUGAGAAGAAAAGAGAUCAUUAUAAGUGUGUGCAAAGCAUACCAUUCACUGGUAUGAAUGCAAAGAGAUUAAAUGUCUUCAUGAAAAAAUUAAAAGUUCUUUCUGGAACGUAUGCUCCUGAACAAGCCCUGUGUCACUUUUCUUACAGAGUCCCUCCUCCUCUGAAGGUAUGGCUGGCUCUGGCUUUUAUUUCCAUGCUCUCCCCAAAAAAGACAGAACAAAGCUGCUAGGAACAGUAUACCAAUUUAGAACAACUUGGAUCAAUAAAUUUAUAGGUUUGAGAUUCUGAACGAGGACUCUCAUCAUUCCCUGUGCAGAAGCAGCCACAAAGUGGAUGUAUUUUAUAGUCUCCUCACUUCAAGUUAUUGUUACACUUCGGAAGGGCGAGCCCCAAGAUUCAAAGCAGCAAGAGAGAUGCUGGUACUUAACUGCUCCAGGAAGCUGCAGAUGCUUGAGAAAAUGUUAAGGAAGAGUUUUCCUGAGUCCCUUAAGGUUUAUGGAGCUGUGAUGAACAUCAGCCGAGGGAACCCCUUCAGGACAGAAGUGGUGGUGGACUCGUGGCCGGACUUCAGAGCUGUUAUCACCCGGCCACAGAGGGAGAUUGAGAUGGAUGACCUUGACCAUUACACCAGUGCUUAUGCAGUUUUCUACAAGGAACUGGAGACUUACUGGGAACUACUGGAAAACACAAAUGCCAUCAACUGGGGACAAAUUUUUCAGAUUCAAGGGCUCCAGGAUGGAAUAUGUGAAAUAUCCAGGACUGUGGCUUUAUCCAAGCAAGUAGAUGUGAAGACAUCCUCUUUCCAGAUGGUUAUCCAUCCAGACCCGGACAUGCUGCCAGAUGUCAAACUUCGGAUGGACCCCAAAUUGACCUUGGCUCAACUGGAUGUCUCCCAUGCCAGCCUGCUCAGCAAAACCUGGUCACGGGGAGGCAACCCAAGGUGCCAGAAGUAUCUUGCUGGCCUCAUUUGCUGCUUCCCCAGUGCCUGUGUCUUGGACGAACAUGGGAAUCCCCUCUCCUGGAGCCUGACAGACCAGUUUGCCACCAUGAUUCAUAAUUACACCCUGCCAGAGCAUCGAAGGAAGGGUUACAGCAGGCUUGUGGCUACUACUCUAGCUAAGACAUUGCACAGGUGUGGCUUUCCAGCUCAGGGUAAUGUCCUGGAGACAAAUAUCCCAUCAAUAAAAUUGCUGAAAAGCAUGAAUGCCCAGUUCCUUCCCUGCUCAUUUUUCAGGGUGAUUCAUACACCUUUUCAUUUUUCAGCCAAAUCUCGCUUGUAGGCAAACCUCACAAACCUACAUUCAGAUCAGCUUUUUUGCACUGCUGGAGAACUUUGGUGGAAUUUAAUAACUUGGGUGAGAUCAGAAAUCAUAGGAGAGUUUCUUGUGUAAUCCUAGAA